GGCAUAAAUAUGCUCCUUCUCUCUGCUUCUCGGCGUGUUUGUUCUCGGAGACGGUGGCGGAGUAUCAGAUGAUUACGAUACCCCUACAAUGGAGAAAAUGGACGGUAUUAGUGGCGACAAUAUGGAUAAUGGCGUUUACGGGUACUAAUUUCGACUUCCCUUCUUAUUCAACCCAAUUGAAAUCCGUACUGGAAAUCACUCAGGUGGAGCUCAAUUACUUGUCAAUGGCUUCCGAUUUUGGUAAGUUGUUCGGAUGGUGCUCGGGGGUGUUGUUAUUAUAUCUUCCGACAUGGGUUGUCCUGUUCGUGGCUGCUUUCCUUGGUUUGUUUGGUUAUGGUCUUCAAUGGCUUCUGAUUCAGAGACUCAUCUCUUUGCCUUAUCUCACGGUAUUUGGUUUGUGUUUGUCCGCGGGUUGUAGUAUCACAUGGUUCAACACUAUCUCUUUUGUUUUGUGCAUAAAAAACUUUCCUAACAACUGGCCACUCGCAGUAUCUCUCACUGUUAGUUUCAACGGUCUAACCGCAUCUCUCUACAACCUCAUCGUUACAAAAACAACCUCACACAAUACCAACUCCCCCUACCUUAUUCUAAACGCAUUUCUCCCUUUUGUCACAUCCAUUUUAGCACUACUCCCGCUCAUCCAACAAAAAGAACUAAAAAUAGACGAAAAAAAUGACAUGUAUACAUUCACAUUUCUAUAUACAAUAGCCGCCCUUAUGGGGCUAUAUCUUUUCGUUUUAGAUACUCCAUCACAAAAUAUAUUCGUGGUAGCAAUAUUGUUAUUGCUUCCAUUGGUCUCACCAAAAAUGAUGCAACUAGCUGUCCGAUAUCAUAUAAUCGGAGCAUUUGGUGUUUACCCUAGUGAAGGACCGAGUUACAAUUUGGUUGAAAUUAAUAACUAUGAAGAACUUUAUGAAGAGAAUUCGGAAGUGAAACCAUGUGGUGAUUCGGUUUUUGGGAAGAUGAUGGAGAAAGAUCGGAUAAUGGUGCUUGGUGAAGAACAUAGUGCUAAGUUGUUGGUCGCUAGAUUCGAUUUUUGGCUUUACUAUGUCGCGUAUUUUUGUGGGGGCACAAUUGGGCUUGUUUAUAGUAAUAAUUUAGGGCAAAUUGCUCAAUCAUUUGGGUAUGUUUAUGAGACGGAAGCACUUGUUAGGAUCUAUUCUACAUGUUCGUUUUUUGGUAGGCUUGUUUCGGCUGUUCCGGACUUGGUUUGUUGCUUUUACCCGUCAGAGACAUAUACAAAAAGCUCUACUACUAGGACCGGGUGGCUCACGCUUUCUCUGCUGCGGUAUCAAUCACUUCUGAGCUGUUUGGCUCCAAAAGCUCGGGGAUCAAUCAUAACAUCCUCAUAA